AUGACGGCUGGUGGAAAUGUCACAAGAAAAUGCCCCAAGGAGAGAUCUAGUCAGAAAAGCAACUCCUGGGGAGAUCCCUGGGCUCAACUCAACCCCCACCCUGAUCAGCCCGAUCUGCGGUCCUGCUGUGUGCUGCGACUUCAGAGGCCGGGCCACAGCCCUGAGUCCCUGCCCGUCGAGUUCGUCCCCAACAGGCUGCAGAGCGAGCGCGGCCUCUGCAACCAGCGCCUUGUCAACCCCACCGUGAUAACCCGCGGCGCCCCAUUUGACCCUGUCUGCUUUGGGGUCAACCAGGAAUCCACCCAGUACCCCUCCUGGGACUCCGUCGCCCGGGCCUCCCUGGAGCCCCUACCUUCCCGCCAGGCCGCCACCCGGCACCCUUCAGGUCUCCCCCUGAGUGUCACCGCGGCCGAGGGCUUCCCGGACCCCACUCGGAUGAGAGCCCCUUGUCACACGAUGGCUCUUGCCUCAGACACCUUCUGUGCUGGAGAGGCCUUCCGAAAACUGCUUGGCCUUGGGGACCAUGCGGUGCGGUGCGAAGACCCCCCGGGAGGUGAGCAGGCGCCUCUGCCAAGGUGUGGGGUGCAGAGGGAGACCCAGGCCAAGCGUCAGCUCGGGGCUUUGGUUUUGCUGAGUGGGAUGUGCAGUUCCGGAGCCAAAGCUGAGCUGUUUGAGACCAUCACCCGUAACCCGUCACCCAAGCAGUGUUCAGUCCCGCUUGUCUCCCUGUCUCCAAGAACAUCCCGUUAAGAGGACCCAAUUCUAGUCUCCCUGGUGCGCUUUAUGGAGGUGUAAGUUACCCUGUUCUAGAGUGAUUCAAUGAUCUUUACUAAAUUCACAGUUGUGCAGCCAUCACUUCAGUCCAGUUCUAGAACAUUUCCAAUGCCCCCCAAAAGAUCCCUUGCAAUCA